UUCACACCACAGCACCACAGUAGUAGUAGUAGUAGUGUGAGUAGUAGUAAUAGUAGUAGUGUGAGUAGUAGUAGUAGUAGUAGUAGUAGUAGUAGUAGUAGUGUGAGUAGUAGUAGUAGUAGUAGUAUUAGUAUUAGUAUUAGUAUUAGUAUUAGUAGUAGUAGUAGUAAUAGUAGUAGUAAUAGUAGUAGUAGUAGUAGUAGUAGUAGUGUGAGUAGUAGUAGUGUGAGUAGUAGUAGUGGUAGUAGUAGUAGUAGUAGUGUGAGUAGUAGUAGUAGUAGUAGUAGUAGUAGUAGUAGUAGUAGUAGUAGUAGUAGUGGUAGUAGUGAUAGUUUAAAGUGA